CCACGGCCAAUUGAGCCCGAUCUCGGAUGAAGCAAACUUGUCCGUCAAUACCUAUGGCAGGCCAAGGAACCAAGAAAAUAACUCGGAGCCGUGGGGCCUGCUUGGCCUGCAGAGCGCGGAAACACAAGUGUAGUGGGGAGAGGCCAAAAUGUGCACAAUGCGGUAUCAACAAUGUGUCAUGUCAGUGGCCUGAACAGAGAAAACGUGGGCCUCCGAAGCACUACAUCGUGACCAUGGAAAAGCGUUUGAUGGAAACCGAACAAGUUCUCUGCGCACUGUUGGCUCAAGUGUCAGGGGACCAACUGGAAAGAGCAUUUCGUGAUAUCCCAAAAGCCGGCCUCCGAUCGACUGGGAGUGCAUCAUCGGCCCAUGGCAGAACAUCAAUUGAGGUGGUCAAAGGGGAAAAGUUUGGCCCUGUGUACUGGGGCUCCCAUCCUAUCGACUCAGCAGAAGCUGUUCAGAGUUGGUGGGCAGACAGAACCUCGAAAGAACCAAGCGAGACGUCCAAUCGAGAUUCUCACGCGUCCGAGGUUGCUGUUACGAACGACACGCCGACUGAUAAUACACCAGGCGACGAUGAGAGUUACGGUGAUGAUGAUAUCGAGGAGUCCGAGGUCAUGACGCGCGCAGAAAGCAUGGAAGAAGACGGAGAAACUCUCAUGAUAGACCCGGAUAUGUCAGUCGCCUCGGGGAUACGCGACGCGGGUGGAGGAGCUGCUGGGUUACUCGCAGAGGGCGUGACGGUUUCUAGAGCCAACCUCAACACGAGAACGAGUGAAAAGAGGCGGCAGACGCGCCCGCAAGUUUCGGAAAGUUAUGAAAGCGCAUUCCUUUGGUAA